AUGGGAUUAUGUCUCGGCAAGUUAGCUAAAGCAAACAAGUCGUCUGAAUAUGAAAAAAAAUAAUAGGAGAUUUAAAAGUAGCUUCAAUUAAGUAAAGAUUUCUCUUUAGUUAUUGGAAAGGGAAGCCAAUUUUCUGAUUAAGAUUAUUUUUACAAUUACGAUAAUUGGUAUGAAAAAGAUCAUUACAAAGGAGAACUUUUAUUUUCAAAGAAUUUAUUCAUAAAACUCUAUUAAAAUUAUGCAUAAUUGUAGCAAACAUACUCCAAAAAUUUUAUUGAUAUAAUCCUUGAAUCAAACCCAUAAGCUAUCUCUAGCAGCAAUGAGAGAGGAUUCAGUAAUAACAUUAUGUUCAAACUAAGAUAUUUGGUGAGAAGAGGAAGUAAUGUCGGGCUUAUAAGAAGAUUAAUUAAAAAUAAAUUCAGAUUAGAAUGGAAUAGCUUUGAACAAAAAUAUGAGAUAAUGAAAACUGUUGUGUUUGAACACAGUAGUUCAUCUGACGUACGUUUGGUACCAACAUUUAGCUAGCACAGUGUUUAAUAAUUGCUUUAAGUACACUGCUUGAAUAAAGCAGGUGAAUCUUCUUUAAAGCGCAUAUUGUGGGUAAUUAGAGAGAAUUAUCCAAAAUUAGAUUACAAUCCUAUGAUUAUAUAAGUCUGCGCUAUUUGCUUAAUAUUCUUUAAUGAAUAUGAAACAUACCUUUUGCUUAAAACUAUGAUAGAUGACAGCUUUUAAAAGUUAGAUGAAAAAAAGUAAAUUAACUAAGAAGUCAUGAAAGAUUUAAGAUGGUACUUCACAACAUCAUAUGGAGAUUAUAAAAAAAACGCAAAGCUCUUUUUUGAUGUAGCUUGCCAAAGAAGCUCUGGUUUUAAGGAAAUAAUAGAAUUCUUAGAUUCUAAAAAUUUUGAUUAUAUCUAGUAAUUCAUAGAUUGGACAACCCAUUUUUUCCUAAACAUUCUUCGCUUUUCAACUGUCUUGAGAAUAUGGACUAUUUAUUUGAAUGAAGGAAUCCGUACAUUAUAUAAAAUAACCUUUGGUAUUUGGAUGACUGUGAAAGAUUAAGUCAAAUAAAUGUAAACAAGUGAUGAAAUUAAAGAGUUUCUGAAAACCUGCAAAAUCGAUAAGACUAUCGAAGAAACAGACUAACUUUUUGUGACUGCCUACUACUUGAAAAUAAAAAAAAUAAAUAAAUUUUUCAGAGAAAUAUUAUCUUCUUAAAACUCGCCUCAAAUGAAAAUCAUUUAUAGACCUAGAACUAAAGAAAAAUCAUAAAUAAUCACAUACUAGCAUUUUGAAGCAAUAUGGGAUUGGAUUCCAAGUUAAUUUAAAAUCUCAAAUCCUACUUUGAUAUAUUCUACUUUUAAAGAUGGAUACUCGUUUAAUACUUUAUACUUAAAGGGUGCUUAACAUAUCAACAGCCCAAUGCUCUUAUUACUCAAAACCCCUGAUCAAUAAAAAUUCGGUGUUUUUAGUGAGACCAUGAUAAGAAUCGGUCACGGUGAUAAUUUCUAUGGAACAGAGGAUAUAUUUUUAUUUUGCUUAGAGCCAAAAGAAGUAGUUUUUAUGCCUACUGGCACAAACUAGCACUACAUCUAAUCGACUCGCUAGAAAAUAACUUUUGGCUCUGGAUCUGAUGGUCCUGGUUUAACUAUUAAUGAAAAUUUAAAUGGAUAGAGUUCUGUGUCAGAUACAUUCGAUAACUUGCCUUUGCAUGGAAAUUUUAAAGAUAAAAAUUUCAAAAUUAUGAGCAUAGAACUCUACUAUCUUAGUAGUUGA